AUGCCAAGAAGAAGUGGAUCAUCCUCAAGAUCAACAGCAAGUCCAUCAAGAAGCACAGCUACAGCUGCCAGACCAGCCCCUUAAACUUAAGCUCCACCAUAAGCACCAGCAAGAUCAGGAGGUAUGUUUUCUGGCCUUGGAUCAACUUUAAUGUAAGGAAUGGCCUUUGGUGCAGGAUCUGAAGUAGCUCAUUAAGCUAUUAGAUCAGUCAUGGGAGGCUCAGGCCAUUCUUAAGCAGCUGAACAACCAGCUUAACAAUAGGCUCCAUAAUAGCAAUAAUAAACAUGCCAAAGUGAAAGCCAGAUGUUUUCAAAUUGCUUACAAACAAACUAAGACAUCACAAGAUGCUAGCCAUAUAUGGAUAUUUUCAAGGAGUGCUAAAAGAAAUACAAUUUAUGAUGAUUAAUUAUUGCAUUAAAUAAAUAAAACAAAAGACCAUAUUCUUAUGUUUAA